AUGGCCUCCAACGUUAUGGUAGAGUUGUUCGCAGAAUGGGCUAUAGGGCUUGUCAUCAUUGCAAUUCGCAUUUACGCACGCUGGAAACUUGGAAAUGGCAAAUUCUACUGGGAUGAUCUUUGUCUAACACUUGCCGCGAUAUUUUGGACAAUGCAUACCGUCUUCCUUUACCUCUGUACAGAUGUAUACGGAUCGAAUAUUGGCCUCAAUGAGAAAACGGCGAUGGAGGUGCCUGACAGCCAAGUCGCAGCACUACGAACCGGCUCCAUCCACGCAUUUGUUGCCUGGAUCAGCUAUAUAUUCAUGGUUUGGUUGUUUAAGGGGGUCUUAAUGUUUCUCUACAACAGAUUAACAAUGGGUCUCUGGCAACACCGCUUGACUUUAAUUAUUGGAGCCUUUUGUGUCUGCACAUUCGUCACAUCAUUGUUUUUCCACAUCUUUAUUUGCGAGCCUGUACAUAGGAGUUGGCAAAUCAAGCCAUAUGCUGGAGAUAACUGUACCAUACGCCCCUUAAACUAUAUCAUCAUUGAGACCCUCAGUAUCACAACUGACAUUGCGAUCCUGACAAUCCCUAUUCCCCUCGUCAUAGCAGCCCGCAUCCCAAUCUCCCAAAAGCUCCUUCUCUGCCUCCUCUUCUCAUCCGGAAUCUUUGUCAUGAUCGCCGCAUUCCUCCGCGCCUACUAUUCUGUGAAAGACAUAUCCGAACUAUCAACCGCCCUGGGCUGGGCCUCCCGCGAAGCCCUCGUCUCUGUGAUAAUAAUCUCCGCUCCGGGAAUUAAGCCAUUUAUCAGCAGCUCGCGCUGGUUCUCGUCGAAGGGUAGUUCAAAUCGUACUAGCCAGACGCCAAAGCGAAGCAGUCUGUUUAGUUCCUCGAAUCGUGGUGGGGAGACGUAUAAUAGACAUCCAUAUGAGCUAUCAUCGGGGGGUUGGGGGAAAUGGCGGCGAGAUUCGAUGGGUGAGAGCCAGCAGCAUAUUGUUGAUCGUAGGAGUGGAGAGGGCGCAGAAAAUUGGAAAGAAGGAAUUGUGGUUACUACGGAUGUUACUUUGUUCGAGGACACAGGGUCUCAGAAUCAAAGCCAUUCUUGA